UAUCGCAUUUGAAAGUGUUUAAAACUAUUGUUUAAUAGUCCUUUUAUAAAAAUUGAAAUUUAAUCGAAUUUUCAAAUUUAAAUUGCGUGUUUAAGUAUUGACAUAAUUAUGUCUGAUGACGAAGAUGGCGUUCAUCGGCUAUCCGGUUGUAAUCAGGCGGAAGGCGGCUUAGUUAUAAAGAAGAAACCAGCACCUGCUGGCCAGUUUCAAUUUAAAGUACCCGACAUACCCAAGGGUUCGUUACUUGGACUUGAUAAAUUAGCAGCACAAAAGCGUUUGGAGCGGGAAGAUAUUGAAAGGUCGAAAAAAUCCAUGUUGUCGUCCUAUGGAGAUAAUGACGAUGAAGGAGAUGAUGUUGAAGAGAUACACUUGAAAGAAGGACAAAAAAAUAAGAAUAAAGACAGACAUUAUCGCUCUGUUCAAGAAGAAACCCCAACACACACAGGAGGUUUGUCUAAAGAGGCUAUAGAAAAGUUAGAAAAACUAAAAAAGACCCACCAUCGAGGUGUGCAUUACUCUACUUCUAAUGCAAAAGACCGAAGAGCUCAUCGUUCCAAAGACAGAACACAUUCUGAUAGAAAUGAUAGGCGACAUCAUCGAAAUGAGCCAUAUAGAAAACAGGAUAGAUAUAGUCAUCGUGAUUACCGAUCAAGUAGGACACCGUCAAUAAGGCGAAGAGAUGAACCAUUAACACCUAACGUUAGAAUGAGAGAUACGCCAUCAAGAACGACUUGGGAUGAAGACGACCGAAUGUCGUUGUAUAAAACAUCUACGUGGGAUAUGCCUACUCCUAAAAGAUAUGUUGACGACGAUCCUUCUAGAACUCCUAGGUUUACACCAGCAUAUAAAUAUAAUAAAUGGGAUAGUCACCGUGCAUCUGGUGCCACUCCUAGACCAGGAAAAGAAAAUGAUUUGUUGUGGGCUAGCGAAACUGAUCGCGAUGAAUGGGAAGAAGCCCAAAACAGAUUGGAUAGACAGUGGUAUAAUUUGGACGAAGGAGUUGAUGAAACAAAUAAUCCGUUCAGUGAUGUCAGCGAAUCGUACGCUAAAAAAAAAGAACUACAAUUAGCUCAAAGCAAGAAAAAACGAAUGUCGGCACAACAAAGACAAAUCAACAAGGAUAAUGAAUUAUGGGAACGUAAUCGUAUGUUAACUAGCGGUGUUGUAGUGUCUGUUGAUCUGGAUGAAGAUUUCGACGAGGAUAACGAGGCUAGAGUGCAUCUGUUGGUGCAUAAUAUUGUGCCACCAUUUUUGGACGGUCGUAUUGUAUUUACUAAACAACCUGAGCCAGUUAUACCGGUCAAAGAUCCAACAUCCGAUAUGGCCAUGGUGGCUCGGAAAGGUUCAAUGUUAGUCCGUACAUUCCGCGAACAAAAGGAACGUAAACGAGCUCAAAAGAAACACUGGGAGGUAGCUGGCACUGCGAUAGGAAAUAUAAUGGGCGUAAAGAAAAAAGAAGAUGAUAAAGAUGAACGGAUUGAUGAAGAGGGAGAGACAGACUACAAGACUGAUCACCAAUUUGCCGAACAUAUUAAAGAUACACCAGAAGCCAGCAGUGAAUUUUCUCGGAAAAAAACAUACUCUGAACAACGGCAAUAUUUGCCAGUGUUUGCAGCCAGACAAGAGUUGUUAAACAUAAUUAGAGAAAAUAAUAUUGUGAUUGUUAUUGGAGAAACUGGUAGUGGUAAAACUACUCAACUCACUCAAUAUCUUCACGAAGAAGGAUAUAGCAAGCGUGGUAUGAUUGGAUGUACUCAACCGAGAAGAGUUGCAGCCAUGUCAGUGGCUAAACGUGUUUCUGACGAAAUGAACACUAAAUUGGGCGAUGAAAUAGGUUAUGCCAUCCGUUUUGAAGAUUGUACGUCCGAAAAAACUGUAAUAAAGUAUAUGACUGAUGGUAUUUUACUUCGAGAGUCAUUGAGAGAUCCAGAUUUAGAUAAUUAUAGUGCCGUCAUAAUGGAUGAAGCGCACGAAAGAUCGUUGAACACUGAUGUACUUUUUGGACUUUUACGAGAGGUGGUUACCAGACGUACAGAUCUAAAAUUAAUUGUGACUUCAGCUACUAUGGAUGCUACUAAAUUUUCACUGUUUUUUGGUAACGUACCAACUUUUAAUAUUUCAGGCCGCACUUUCCCCGUUGACGUAAUGUAUAGUAAAAAUCCUUGUGAAGAUUAUGUUGAAGCUGCUGUAAAACAAGCAUUACAAGUACAUUUGCAACCUCAUCAAGGUGAUAUUUUAAUAUUUAUGCCCGGACAAGAAGAUAUUGAAGUUACUUGUGAAACAUUAGCAGAAAGGUUAAACGAAAUAGCUGAUGCUCCACAGCUGUUAGUGCUUCCCAUAUAUUCUCAGUUGCCAUCAGAUUUACAGGCUAAAAUUUUUCAAAAGUCAUCGGAUGGCCUAAGAAAAUGUGUUGUAGCUACUAAUAUAGCCGAAACAUCUUUAACGGUUGAUGGUAUACGGUUUGUCGUUGACACUGGCUAUUGUAAGAUGAAAGUAUAUAAUCCUCGAAUCGGUAUGGACGCUUUACAAAUAUAUCCCAUAAGUCAAGCUAAUGCCAACCAGCGAAGUGGUAGAGCCGGUCGUACAGGCCCUGGACAAUGUUACAGAUUAUACACUGAGAGACAAUACAAAGAUGAACUUUUAAUGGGCACUGUUCCUGAAAUUCAAAGAACCAACUUAGCAAAUACUGUGUUGUUAUUAAAAUCGUUAGGAGUUCAAGAUUUGCUCCAGUUUCACUUUAUGGAUCCACCUCCACAAGACAAUAUUUUAAAUUCUUUGUAUCAAUUAUGGGUACUUGGUGCAUUAGAUAAUACCGGAGAAUUAACUUCACUUGGUCGUCAAAUGGCUGAAUUUCCACUUGAUCCACCGCAGUGUAAAAUGUUAAUAGUGUCUUCCGCCAUGAAAUGUACAGCCGAUGUGCUUAUAAUAGUAUCUAUGUUAUCAGUCCCAUCAAUUUUUUAUCGUCCAAAGGGACGUGAAGAGGACUCUGACAAUGUCCGAGAGAAGUUUCAAGUGCCCGAAUCCGAUCAUUUAACAAUGUUGAAUGUAUACAACCAAUGGAAACAGAACAAUUAUUCUGCAUCAUGGUGUAAUGAACAUUUUAUUCAUAUUAAAGCUAUGCGUAAAGUCCGUGAAGUCCGACAACAACUUAAAGAUAUCAUGGUACAACAAAAAAUUGAAAUUAUAUCUUGCGGUACAGAUUGGGACAUUAUACGCAAAUGUAUAUGCUCAGCCUAUUUCCAUCAAGCAGCUAGACUAAAAGGUAUUGGUGAAUAUGUCAAUUGCCGUACUGGUAUGCCUUGUCAUUUGCAUCCAACAUCGGCCCUGUUUGGCAUGGGUUUUACUCCAGACUACGUUGUCUAUCAUGAACUCAUUAUGACAUCAAAGGAAUAUAUGCAAACUGUAACCGCUGUGGACGGACAUUGGUUGGCUGAGCUGGGUCCUAUGUUCUUUACUGUUAAAGAAACUGGCAAGUCAGGAUCAGCAAAGAAACAGACUUUAGAAACGUUGCAGGAAAUGGAAGGUUCAAUGAGAAUGGCUCAAGAAGAAAUGAGAGCGCGAAAACUCGAAGAAGAGCGUAAACAACUUGCCAGCAUUAGAAAGGUUGAAAUUAUUACACCAGGCAAACGAGAACCUGGAACUCCGUCAUUACGCCGUAAACAAGGACAGUUAGGAUUAUAAAUAUGUACGUUUUGUGAUUAAGUUUUUAAUUCCAUCUGACUUUUAAUUGCAAUUUUUAAUCGAGAUUAAGAAUGAACGUUACAUUCGGUUAACAUUGCUACAAAUAUAAAAUUUGAAUACGUAGAUAUCAUUGAUUAUAAAUAAUACUAUUUAUAAUUUAUAUAAUCAAUGGUAAAUAUAAAUUUAUACUUAACAAUUAAAAUUAAAUUCUAAAUACUUCAUUCAAUGUAAGUUCCAAAAAUUUG